AUGCCUCUUUCAAUUCCUGUGCCUGCCACGCGCCUUGCACGCGCUGGGUUCUACUAUUCUGGAGAAGGAGAUGAAGUUGUUUGCUUUAGCUGUGGCGGGCGACUGAGAGAGUGGGCUCGUGGGGAUGACCCUGCUGUGCGACAUCGUAAUUUCUACCCAAAUUGUCGAUUUUUGAGAGAGACUGACACAGAAAAUGUUCCCCUUUUCCCCUCAGCUCGCGCUGUUUCUAAUGACAACACAGGGGCUAAUGUUGACCCUUUCCCGAACUUAGCAAACACUAGGUCUACACCACGUGACCGUAGUGGCAAUGUGCCCUCACUAUUGUCAAGUCAACAAGCACUAUCCAGGUCACUGGGCAUCAGUUCACCAGAGGUCGCCACCCUGCAGACCACGCCGCAGGAAAGUAGCACAGUGGCUCAUGCUGGGGUCGCUAGUGGUGUACGAUCUAACAAGAACAAAUCUGCCCCUUCCCCUGCACAACUUAACGGAAACACAUUAGUUCCAUCAUAUACAUCUCACCGGACAUCCGGCGUCCCUUCACGGGUGAGGAACGAGUCUGACCGCCUGGCGACUUUCGUCAACUGGCCCAGUGGAGCAAGAGUCCGACCCAGAGACUUGGCAAGAGCUGGCUUUUUCUACGUGGGCACGGGGGACCGGGUACAGUGUGCCUUCUGUGAGGGGAUUUUAAGGAAUUGGGAACCAGGAGACCAACCAUUGCAGGAACACCGCAGACACCUUUCCACCUGCCCGUUCGUCCUGGGUCUGGAAGUUGGGAACAUUCCUCUGGAAGAACCAAGCACAGCUCUUCCCCUUGCUGUGUCGGAAUCACAAAGUCACGCUGUGGGAGGCAGCAGAACGGGAUCAGAGAACACCACAAAUGAAGCCACACUAGGAAUACUAACAGCGAGACCCAGACACGAGAGAUACGCCAUUGAAAACACCCGAGUUCAGACGUUUGCUAACUGGCCGCCAUCUCGUAUUCCGCGUCCUGAAGAACUCGCCAGGGCCGGGUUCUUUUACGCCGGCUUUGGUGACAACGUGAAAUGCUUCUUCUGUGACGGAGGGCUAAGGAAUUGGGAACCUCAAGACGACCCUUGGGCUGAGCAUGCGCGUUGGUUCCCACGUUGUGGUUUUGUUCGCCUGUGCAAGGGGGAUGCGUUUAUUCAAAUGAUAAAGGAACAGACGUCGCUAAACAACCCAGCCCAAACGCAAACACAAAGACCACAAGGUGCGCCAGGCAGUUACCAUGUAGAGGCUCGGGAGAUCAAAGCCCGCCUGGACACCCCGACAGUGCAGACGGUCUUAGAUAUGGGUUUCAGUCGAGAUACAGUGCGUCAGGCGAUCGAACAAAGAUUGCGAAACAUUGGAGACGAUUUCCCCAGUGCAGCAAGUUUGCUAGACGUCGUUUUGAAUAUUGAGGAUGAAAUGAACCGGCAGACGGUGCAAGGUGCGAUGGCGAUGGCAGAAAUUCCCCAAGAAGAGCCUGGUCAACAGCCACUAAACGCAGCUCUGACUGAAGCACCACCACGUGAGACAGCCCAGAAAACUUCACAAACACAGAAUUCAGAGAAACAAUCUAAAAGGGACAAGAAAAAGAAAAAGAAGAAACAAGACGUUCCGGUACCAAAAGAUAGUGAUGACAGGGACACCAAUAUCUUGCUUGAGGAGAACAAGAGGCUGAAGGAAGAGCGCACAUGUAAGAUAUGUAUGGAUGAAGAAGUUAGUGUGGUCUUUCUGCCGUGCGGCCAUCUUGUCGCAUGUGUCCAGUGCGCACCUGCUUUGAGGAAUUGUGCCAUUUGUAGAGCAGCCAUCAAGGGCACGGUUAGGUCGAUAUUAAGCUAA